AUGGUCCAUCCGAGGGCUGAUUGGCUGGAGGCGCCAUCGACCGGACCGGCUGCCUCUCGCCAGGCCGAAUUGCCUUACUUGGCCUGCAAACUUUCCCUGAGUGUGCUUUCACGCUGUUUGUGGCUCCUGCUUCCCUCCUCUCGCCUAAACGGCCCGUGCCCCGGGUGGACCUUGGCAAUCUCUACGACCCAGACAGCUCAGCUAACUGUACCUGCAACCGGCCCAAGUGGACUAAUUGACUUGGUCACUUUCUUUGCCCCCGUUGUUGUAUGGCCCUUUUCGGAGAUGAGUGAGCCUGUUCAAAUGGCUGGCGAAUCGAUCCCAUAUCCUUCGAAUGAGGGUGAACUCACGCGUACAGACGACAGAUUGGCCCACAGUCCGGACUCGGUUGACGCGCUGAAAGAGGGUCUGGUUGCUGAGUCCCUUUGCCAGCUUAAGCUCGAUGAGUCUGAGGCUAGGUCGGGCGGAGCUGAGAAGAGUUCGGCCUCGAUUGGUGGCCUUCGGGAGGAGUCCGAAUGCAGCCUGGACGUGUCGUUGAGCCAUCCUACCACCGAGUUCGUAGAAGAGAGAAAAAGGAAGAAGCCGGAUCCGAAGGCUUCAAUUGACAAUGUUUGGAAUAUGAUGACGGUCCGCGUGGGCUAUGACAUAACAAGAAAAGUUUCGCCUAACACUCUACCUGUUUCAGGAGAGAGGAGCCUCGUCGUUGACGGAUUCAAAUUCACCAAGUCCCGUGACGGCAUGGGCGACAGGGUGUUCUGGCGGUGCUCGCGGAGAGAGUGCAAGGCCACUGCAGUCACUGUGUCCGAUCGCGUUGAGCAUGUUCGCUCCAUCCACACCCACGACCCGCCCUUGGCGGGCGAGUUCUUUGCCGCCGACUCUACCGACUCCCACCUACAAGAGGUGCGUCUGAGCGGAUCUCCCGGCAACUUGCUCUGGCAUAACUGCGGCAACCAGUCCGGCGUGGGCACCGCUGCGUUGCAGCGCCCUUCCGUGAUCCGCAAUUGUUCCAGCGCUGCCUGCACAUUCGGCGCACGCUUCAUCGGUCGUACGUCAAAGGGACCAAAUCACUCCUCUGGACCAGUCGUGGUCCUUGAGAGUGAAGAUGCACACAAGUCGGCAUCAUGA